AUGUCAGCAACAGUACCAUUACUGCUGGAGAAAAAUAUCGAACUUGGUUCACCGCCCAGUUAUAAGGAAGCAGUGGAUGUGGAAUGGACAUUGCAGGAUCGUUCAUUGCAACGUCAUUGGUUUUUUGAUUUUAAUUUCGCCAAGGCGACUGCAAAUUUUACACCUGUUGUAUUUGCCAGUGUCGCUAUUAGAUUAGAUAACUUCCAGGAUUUCUACGAGAAGUAUUUGGUAUACUAUCUUUGCAGCUACUCAUUACAGCUGUAUUUUUAUGGCAUUGUAUGUAACGUUGGAAAUUCGUCUUUUUCUGCAACAACAGUUGUGGAUUGUAUUUGUUUCACUCAUCGGCUCAUUCAUUUUACUUUUCGCAAUGUUUAUUCACGCCCGUUCAGUACCUCUCAAUUACAUAUUAUUGGUGUUUUGGACUAUCAUGCAAUCCAUUACUUUUCUUUCUUUGACGUAAAGAUCGUAAUUGAGGCAGUUGGUCUAACAGCAUUGACUGUUAUUGGCCUUUUCUUUUAUACACUUCAAUCAAAACGCGAUUUCCAAAGCCAUUGGGCUGCGUUAUUCAGUAUUUCCAUGAUUUUCCUGGCUGCUAUCUUUGUGCAUCUACUUAUACCGUCAGUAUUAUUUGAUUUUUUAUUGGCUGCAUUUGGUGCUGUUUUAUUUUCCAUAUAUUUGGUAUUCGAUAUUGAUCGUAUCAUGCAUCACACUUCACCUGAAGAUUAUAUCGAAGCAUGCGUAUCGUUGUAUUUAGAAAUUAUUAAUCUGUUUCUGAGAAUAUUAGAGAUUUUGAAUGAAACUAAUCGAAAUUAA